AUGGCAGUAUGGCACCCAGCAAACUUGCUAAGUAACGACGACAUUCUCUUCACGACCAAGUCCUUGGCGAUAUGUGUCGAUGAUGUGGCCGACGAGUUCCUGCGCUGGAAGCUGACAAGGCGACGGUUCACGCCUGGAUUCGGGCAGCCGGGUGACGAUGACCAUGCAGGCGCCUUUCUGGCUAUCACGGAUGGCCACCUCCAGCACAAGUUGGGCGACGACUGGAUCCUUAAGGGCACCGCUCAGUGCCGAUAUGCUUUGUUCAGGGUCAGGCCCGUCACCGUGCAGUUCACCAGACGACUCAAAGCCAAACGACGGAGCUUCAAGACUAGCAUACAUAGGUAUAUAUCAACCACUCCAGAUGUCCCUCAGCCACGAUACCCGGAUUGUCGAGCGGGUUCUAGUUUAUCAACAGCGACAUCAGUUCAACUUGCGCAGUCGUGUGAAAAGUUGCGGAUCAUCUUCGCCCGUAUCGCCGCCGCCCAGGAAACCGGAACCUCCCAUCCAGCGAGGCUAUAA